GCGCAUGAUAUCAAAUACCGCGAGGGCGGUCAGGUUUCAAUCGCUCUCGCGGUACUUUGAUGUCAUAUGCUGAUUGGUCUGCGCUGCAUGAAGUCGAACGCACCUAAUGAUACUGCCUUUACUGCGCAUAAUCGGCCACGCCCCCUUAAAGCGAUGUUGUUACCUACCGCGAGCACGUCAGUUCAUCACACAGCACACAAACCCUGAUAAGCGGUUAUUGCAUUAUAACGACGAAAAUAGUCGUGUUAGACAAAAUAUUCUAGCGGCAUUAAAACGCAGUGAGUCUGAAUUUUAUUUGUUUAUACAGAGAGUUUGAAUUAUUUUACUGUGGUUUUGAUUUCGGUUUAGCCUGUUAGCUUAUAACUCCUAACAUUGUGGUCUGUUUGACAGAAUUAGGCUAAAACGACGUUAACCUAAAUUAAAUCAUGGUACGUUUCGUUUCAGCCACAAAAAAUCUAAAAAACGUGCACUAAACCUAAAAUUUUACCUCAGACAUUAUUACCUGGCUAGGUUAUACAUUCACUCAUGAUAACAUGUUUUUUUAUGUGGCUUCCGCGAAGUUAUGCUUUAUAAAUGUAACUAGUGGCUGAUAAUGAUGACUUGUCAAUGUCAGAUAAACGUCAGUUUUAGGUUAGUUUAAUGUGUCGAUCAUCAGAUAUGGCGUAUCGUUAGUAGUGUCACUGGAGGCUGUGGCUCAAAUCUCAGUCUGUUGAUAGUUAUCUGUGUCCUUAUUCUUGCUUGAGCCACGAGCAAGCUAAAAUACUGGGCUUAGACAUCGUAUUCAGGAUGGCUACGCUUCAGUCAGGCAAUGGAGUCCAAUGGAAAGUCAAUAGUAGUUUGCAGGGCACUGUAGAAAAUCUCGCCGAGCAGGAGAGCUCAUCCCUGGGCUCGGAAACUGAGCUUAACGGCUUCACCAACACUGAGAUCCAGGCUGACAAAUAUGGAUUUAUAGGAGGUGCUCAGCAAAACGCAGGAGAAAAUGAUGAGAUUCCUCCAGAGGUGCUUCGACAGAGAGAAGCUAAGUGGCUGGAUAUGCUGAACAGUUGGGACAAGUGGAUGGCCAAAAAACACAAAAAGGUAAAGUUGCGGUGUCAGAAAGGCAUCCCUCCAUCGCUCAGAGGUCGCGCAUGGCUUUAUCUCUCCGGUGGGAAAGUUAAGAAAGAGCAGAAUCAGGUGAAAUUUCAGGAGUUAGACAGUCAACCUGGAGAUCCUAAAUGGCUGGAUGUGAUCGAGAAAGACCUCCACAGACAGUUUCCAUUUCAUGAGAUGUUCGUAGCUCGAGGAGGACACGGGCAGCAGGAUCUGUUUCGGGUGCUGAAGGCGUACACGCUGUACAGACCGGAAGAGGGUUACUGUCAAGCCCAAGCCCCUAUAGCCGCUGUACUGCUCAUGCACAUGCCUGCUGAGGAUGCGUUCUGGGGUCUGGUUCAGAUCUGUGAGAAGUAUCUGCCCGGAUAUUACAGCGCCGGCCUGGAGGCCAUUCAGUUAGAUGGCGAGAUCCUGUUUGCUCUUCUCAAGCGUGUAUCUCCUGUGGCGCACAGGCACCUGAAGAAGCAUAAGAUCGACCCCAUCCUCUACAUGACAGAAUGGUUCAUGUGUGCUUUCUCCAGAACGUUGCCCUGGUCCUCUGUCCUGCGGGUGUGGGAUAUGUUCUUCUGCGAGGGUGUGAAGAUCAUCUUCCGUGUGGGUCUGGUGCUGCUGAAAUGCAUGCUGGGAUCUCAGGAGAAACUCAAGGCGUGUCAGGGCCAGUACGAGACCAUGGAGCUGCUAAGAAACAUUGAGCCACGAUACAUGCAGGAGGGUUUCCUAAUGCGAGAGGUCAUUGAAUUAACUCUGUCCGAGCGAGACAUAGAGAAGGAGCACCUGUUUCAGCUCCGUCGCUGGAAGGAGACCCAUGGAGAGCUGCACUGUAAAUCCCCUCCCAGAAUGCACGGUGCCAAAGCCAUCAUGUCCGCCGAGCCACCCAGCCGCCAGGACCUCAAACAGAACCCCACAAUCAUCGUCGAACUGCCGCCGGCCACAGACGGCCAGGUGGAAAAAGAUACGAAGAAUACGAAGAAGAGCAAACAGGAAAAGAAAAAGGAGCCGCUCGUCAAUCCAUACUCGGAGCCGUUACAAAACGACAACCUCUCACCUUAUCUGCAGAAAGACGAGCUCCUUCUGGGCUCCAAUCAGAGUCUUAGCAGCACAGAGCACGACACCUACCUAUAAACUGUCAGAGGAGAUGAAGAACAGAAACCAUGAUUGACAGUGCUUGUGCAAGAUCUGUUAAAAAAAGGGUCUCGUGUUAAGGUCGUCCUACCUCCCUAGUUUUGCACCAUAGGGGAUUUUGCACUCGUAUAAGGUGACUGGACCAAAAAAUGACUUCAGAAAUAUAUCACACCUGGGAAAGAUGUAUCGAGGAUGAGGAUUUUUAGGUGUUUACAUGAUAUGAGUGUAGAUAUGUUGCAUGUGUGCAUGUUUAUGAAGGAUGAGUAGCAUGUAUAAGCUGUGCUGGUUGCAGAUCAUUCAUAUGGGUCCAGGGAAAUAUCACUGUGUGAUAAUCAGGAACAUUUACUUACACCUGAACCAAGAGUCCAAAUGAUUUAUAUGCUGUUUAUACCAGAUUCAGAAGGUGAACGAUUCCUCAUCUUAUCUAAAGACUUCACUUGAACUGUUCACCCCAAAAUGAAACCUUCUUUUCCAUGUUGAGUUAAAUAUUGACAUCUUAAAGUGAAAAAAAAAUACUUUUCACUUAUUUUCAGAUGAGGAAGAUAUUGCAACUAUAGCACAUUUAUUUUUAUGUAGUGAUAUUACCUCAAUAUACUUGCAGUUCAUUUUCUUGACCAGUAAGGGGAGCUAUAGAGCUGCUGUACACAGAUUUGGGAGCUUGAACAGAAAUCAGUGACCAUACAUCACAUGACCAUCCUGUUGUGUUUUGCUUCACAAGUUCAUCAUCUCUGAUCUCUUUACAAUCAAUUUUAUGAAUGACACUAAACAGUAAAACAAAUACACAGGGCCAUUUUUCAUUAUUUUUUAUUUUUUUUCCACAUUAACUAUAUCAUUUUAUAUAUAUAUUAUAAAGUGUCAUUUAAUAAUGGUGAGUCUAUGUAUGGCACAAUAUCCACAUACAUGUCUAUUCAAUGAAUUUUUCAUUCCUUUCUUCAUAAAUGUUGUGUACAUUCCAUGGAUUUGAGUUUUUAUCAUGACCUGUUUGUAUUUCUUUUUGAGUCCAAUGUGAUCUUUUACACUGUAAAAAAUAUUCAGCAUGAAGUUAAAACAACUUGGUUAUGUAAGUUUUAUGUUAGUUUUGACCUGUGAUAAGUUGACAUAACAUAUAAAAACAAGUUAAAAUAAUAUAACUAAAUUUAAGUUAAAGUAACAUUAUGUUGAUUGGUAUCAUUUUUUUUUUUUACAGUAUACAGGAGUUAGCUAUGGAUAUGUGAGCUGGACUAUAGUCAGGUAGUGUGGGACACUUUCACAUUUAUCUUAAUGACAAAAUGUUUCCCAAUCUACCUGCAUUAUUGAUUUUCACCUUUAGUUUGUGACCAAGUUUGCAAAUUUUUUUUUUUUAAUUCCCAGUUUGCAAAAGGUUUGGUAGGAUUUUUGUAGGAUUAAGACAAAUUAUAUAUUUUUAAAUGUCUGCUGACUUUACUUUUAUGUAAAUAGUAUAACACAGAUGAUUUUAACACUAUACAAAGUUUAUGUUGUAAAAAGAGAAAUUUUUCAUGCUAUGCAUAUUUAUGUUAAAAAAAAUGUUUUUGCUGUGUGUGGGCUGAGCCAUAUACAAGAUUAAGUUUUUGCUUUUCCUCUGUUAUGGGGGAUUUUGGGAGGAAGUGAUAAUUUUGUAAGAUAGCAGCAUUGUUUUCCAUCUUAUAUCAGAUGUUAACUCGAUUAACGUCUGACAUCUUGCCAAGUUUUAUAUUAAGAUAAACAGCAAAAAUCAUAAACUAACAAUGCAUGCAUAUUUAUGUAGUUUGUACACAUAAUCCUUACUUUUUAUAGAAUUGAAGUCCUAUAAAAUUAAUCAUUAUUUAGAUAAGCAGCUGCCUGAGAAUUUAUACAUGCAUUUUAAGUUUUGUAUAUUCAACCCUUAAGCAGCUAUGAAGCUUUAUCUCAUUUUUGGUGAUGGUUUUAAGAUUUAGAUCGUUUGAGAUUUACUGGUUUAAAUCCAUGAAAUUAAAUAGUUACUGUAUUAUCGAGAAAAUGAAGGUUUCCCAACGUACAGAUUUUAAUACGCACAUAAAUGUUACACUCAUAGGAGCUGAAGUUAUUUUCAUUGUCAGACUUGCCUGCCUAUACAAUUAUCCUCAUGUAUUGCAAAAACACAGAUAAAAUAUUUUUCAUGAUUAAAUUUGAUACUAUCUGAA